ACCAAGCAAUCGACAUUUUCCACACGUUCUCAUGCCGGGCACAAGGCGCGAAGAGUUCAGGCAGCUAACAAACCAACGCAAGCUAAAAGCGCUCUCGCCAACAAUGCAAACUUAUUGACACUGCAUUUGAUGUUCCCCAAGAGGAACCGGCUUCACCGAUUAGUUUUACCCGAAAAUAGUUUCUGAGCCAUACGUAGAGGGCCUGAGAAAAGAAUCUGAAGCGGACGGUCGGAAGGAGUUGCCGCCUCACAAGAGCGAUCGGCCACUGAAGCUCAGCGGGAUUCCCUUUUGUUGACGGCAACCUUGGCCCGACGCCACUUUGAAUUUUAAGUGAGCGCUUUGGCAGCUCAUCCCGCACUUUCUCUACUCCACCAGGGACGGCUCCCCAGUCCACGUUUUGCUGCCCGGGAGGACUAUACGUAAUUCUUUCCUGUGGGGCAAGUGGAGCCCCCACCCCCUGUCGCCUAGCCGCCUAUAUUAGAGCGCGGGAGGGCCCCGCGAUAAGAAGCCCUUGUCGAGAGCCGCCCGGCCAUGGGGUGUAAAGUCCUCGCCUUCCUGCUCUCCUUGCACCUCAUAAACAAGGCGUCCUGCGGCGAAAUACGAGCCGGCCCCGGCGCCAACGCCAGCCUGCCUUGCAACGCCAGCCUCAAGUUGGACCAAGCCGACGAGGCGCUGCUGGAAGUCGAGUGGCUGCGCAACGGCUCCGCCGUGGCCUCGUUGAGGAACGCCAGCGCUCGGACAGAAGACGGCUUCUUUUGGACCACGGGCCGUUUCCUCAUUGGAGACUUUUCGCUGACCGUGGUCGGGGUGGGCCUGAGCCUGCAGGGGCAGUACCGGUGCACCGUCCGCCGCAACUCGUCAACGCUGCACGUGAGCGCGGUGACGCUCGGCGUCAUUGCCCCGCCUACUCUGUCGGCACCUCAACAUUGGGCGACGUUGGGGGCGGCGAGCCAGCUGGAAUGCCACGCCGACGGCUUCUACCCUCCGCCCGUGGCCUUGGCCUGGACCAGGGACGGCCAGGUCAUUCAGUCCGCCGCCCGGCUGGACGGGGAGAGGACGGCCGACGGCUUCUACAGAGCGGCGGCCAACCUCACCUACUACCCGAGUCGAUGGGACCGCAACGCCACGUUCGGCUGCCGAGUGAGCCACAGCGGCGUCGACCGGGAGUUCAAGUUUCAACUCAACAUCACGUACACCCCCGCCAUCAGACUCUCGGCCAUCCCGUCGCCGACGCGCGACGGCCCGCUCACCCUCUCCUGCCACCUGGAAAGCUUCUUCCCGGAGGAGACGUCCGUCUCCUGGCUGCAAAACGGCACGGCCCUGCCCGAGCCGCCGGCCCCCGAGCUCAAUCCGGACGGGAGCUUCCGAAGCACGCGCUACUUCACGCUGAGCCGCGAGCAGCGCCGGCGAGGCGGGGAAGUGGAGUGCGCGGUUCGGCAGCCCGGGGCGGCGCCGCCCGCCCGGGCCGCCGCGCACCUGCGAGAACUGGAUCCCCGAGAUGAGGAACCGGUGCUGACGAAAUCCGCAAAGGCAUCCGUGGCCAUGAUGUGUAUCUCCCUGGUGCUCGUCUUCCUCUUGUGCUUUGGCUUUUCCUGGAGGCGAAGAGACGAGAAGCAAAAGUCGUUGGCGGUGUCGGGAAUCCUCCUCCCCCCUCGCAUCGUUGUGGGUCAAAAGGGCAGGGUGAGCGUGAGCAUCGAAGGAAGGCGGGUGGAGCGAGUCCAGACGGCGUGGUUCCUCAAUGACGCGCCCAUCUCCGACACCUCCCUCACAGCUCCAGAGAAAGACCCUUUGCUGCCCUCCAGAGGAGAGACGUGUUACUACAAGCUGCAUUCGGAGGGCCCCCUGCGCUCGACGGGGAGCGGCGUCCAGCAGCUGGUCUCGUCGCUGACGUUCAUCCCGCGGAUCUCCGUCCACAAGGGGGCGGUGUUCAAGUGUCAGGUGUCCUACGCGGGCAAGGACAAGAUCGUGAUGGAGAGAGUCUCCCAGAGGUUCACCGUUCUUUCUGCACCGGAGGUUUCCGAAAUUCAGCUGGCGGAAACGCCGAACAACUCGGAGGUCAUCAGCAUGACGGUGCGCGCCUCCCAUUUCCACCCGGACGUCAUCACUUUCCGCUGGUUCUGUCAAGGGGGGGAGCUGAGCCCGGUGGCUUCGCAGGCCUCCACCUGCCCCCGACCCGACGGCGAGGGCUUUUUUGCCGCCUCCAGUCAGUGCAAACUGCCCCGGACGGAAUUGGAACAGGGAGGCACCAGAGUGUGGGUCAGCGUCCAUCACGUCGCCCUCAAGCAGCCCGUCACUCGGGAGACCAGAGGCUUCAUCAAGCAGCCCCGCGUGUCCGACAUCUCGCGCGCGGCCGACCAGUCGCUGACGCUGGGCUGCCGGAUCAGCGAUUUCUACCCGCCCGAGGUGACGGUCACCUGGCUGAGGGUGAGGGGCGGCGAGCGGGACGACGGCGAGGACGAGGUGAUGGAGGGGGGCCGGCUGUGGGGCCCCGUGGAGAUUCGCCCCAGGCUCUACCGGGCCACGGCCACCUUGACCGCCGGCGACGCCGGCCGCGAGAAACGACGGCGGGGGGGAGGGAUUAAAUGCAGAGUCCAGCACCUGUCCCUGCAAGAACCCAUCGAGAGACUUUGGAGGGAUGUCGACAUCGUUGCUCCCGCCAUCCCCGCCUCCAUUUCGGUGUGUUGGAGCAGCGAAGGAGUGGGCGUGUUCUCGCUGCUCUUGAAGGGGGGUCACCCCAAGGUCAAGUUACUGUGGACGGCGGGCGGGGCCACCCUCUCGCCGCUCCAGUCCGACGAGACGGAGGAGAUCGGAGAUGACGGGCAGAGGGAGCUGAAAAGCGUGUGCGCCCUGGAGAGGUCGGCGCCGGUGCCCGGGCGCAGCCGCCAACGCAGGAAGGCCCGCCCCACCGAAAGCAAAGCGGCCGUCACGUACCCGGACGUCGAAGGGAUGGCCUACAUCGACGAGGGAACGGACCAAGAGAACAACAACCGAGAGAAAUGCGAGGAAAGCAAGUCGUCGGACGGGGACGAGGGCAGCGACGGCGACGACGACGACGACGAACGGGAGGACGACUCCGGAGCCUUGUACAUCAACAGAGUUCAUUUGACGACGGGGGGCGGGGAAAGCGAGAGGGCUCGCCUCCGAGUCCUCGUGGAGAUCACGCACCCGGCGCUGGCGCUGCCCGUUUACAGGAGCUGGACAGAGCCCAACGAGGAGACGUCUUUCAUGUGAAAUUCAAGAAGCGUCAUCCAAUUCCAAGAUGUCGGCGUCUUUCUAUCGCCUUCGGUCGCCUUCCGCCGCUUUGGGCCUUUCUUUAUUCGGAUGUUUCUUGGUCGUUGGAAAAUGAUCGAAUCCCAUCGAGUUCAUCAAAUAAAAUAGGCCUGCUUUCGGCUGGGGGCCGCACGAAGUCUGCGACUGUUUUCUGCGGCGCUUUUGAAAAAGUGGAAAUGAGCCGCCCUGCGAAAAUGAUGUCGGCCGGCGAGCCCUUCCCCGUUUCUCCGAUUCGACUUCUCUCUUUGUAUUUGUUGAUGUCAUUCGAACGCAUGGGGGCUGGCGCAGUCCUUUCGCGGCGGUCGAAAGACAGGAUGUUGGUCAAAGUUCCUCUUGCCCAAAGGACAAAAAAGGAUGUGGUCGCGCGCUCGGCGUUCUCUCCCAACAAACUCGCCGGCCGCUGCGUGAGCGACGCUCCAGCUUGAAAAGCUCGAAAAAGUC